GAAGGGCAGGGAAUCUAUCAGACAUGGGAGACAUUCACCCAGCCAUUGAUCCAGCCUUCCUACAAUCCCCAGACCAUCGUCCCAAGCCUGAAACGGUGGACGCCGACACCGUCGCCGGCGAAAUCCCCGUCAUCGAUCUCUCCCAUGGGAACCUGGCAGAGCUGGUCUCUCAGGUGGGCAGUGCAUGCAAGGCAUGGGGGUUCUUCCAAAUCAUCAACUACGGUGUGCCCGUCGAAUUGCAGAGGAAGCUCGACGUCUGUACGAGGAAGUUCUUCUGUCAAAGCAAGGAGGAGAAGAUCAAAGUCAAACGAGACGAAGUGAACCCGUUGGGGUACCACGACAGCGAGCAUACUAAGAACGUCAGGGACUGGAAAGAAACGUAUGGUUUUCUUCUUAAGAACUCAUUGCAAUUCCCAGUUUCUCCUGACCCAAAGGACCAGGAAAUGAAGACAAUCACCAAUCGAUGGCCCCAGUACCCACCUGAAUUCAGGGAGACAUUGGAAGAGUAUGGACGUGAAGUGGAGAAGGUAUCAUACAAGUUAAUGGAGCUCAUUGCGUUAAGCUUGGGCUUACCAGCUCAGAGAUUCCAUGGAUACUUCCAGGAGAAACAAGUGAGCAUCCUCCGGCUCAAUUACUAUCCUCCAUGUCCUUGCCCUCACUUGGCUCUCGGAGUUGGGAGGCACAAGGAUUCUGGUGCUCUCACUCUGCUGGCCCAGGACGAUGUUAUCGGACUUGAGGUAAAGAGAAAAUCUGACGGCGAGUGGAUUCCUGUGAAACCAGUCCCACAUGCCCUAGUGGUUAAUGUCGGCGACCUUCUUCAGGUUUGGAGCAAUGAUAAGUAUGAGAGCGUGGAGCACAGGGCGGUGGUGAACAGCGAGAAGGAAAGGAUAUCAAUUCCGUUCUUCUUCUUCCCAGCUCUGCAUGUAAUGAUAAAGCCAUUGGAGGAGCUUGUGGACGAGCAGGACCCUGCAAGGUACAGGGAAUUCAACUGGGGUAAGUUCUAUGCCCACAGAGCCUACGGUGAGUUCAAGAAGCGCGAGGUCGAGAAUCUCCAGAUUCACCACUUCAAGGCUUUGGAUUAGCCAUCUUCACCACCAUCCAUCCAUAUAUCCUGUGUCUGCGUCGGGUAUUAUCAACCCCGGGAUUAUUUUCCUUAUCUUUUUCUAAUUUAAGAAAUCUAUUUAGAAAUGGUGCUGUGCUCUCACCAUGAAGCCGAAAUUUGGAAAGGCGUGUUUUGGGCCUUUUUGUUGUUUCUGGUGUUGUUGUUUUGUUUGUUUUAGUGUCUUGGGCUUCGAGGCUUCCUCUCCGAGUUUGUUGGCUGAAUAAAAUUGUCUCUCGUUCAAAA